AUGAUCACCGGCGCACGAACGGCCCCUGCAAGCACAGCUGCGGCCGGCACAGUGGGUUCCAGAGCGGCAACAGCAGAAGAAGCAGCAGCAGCCGAGGCGCAGGAAAAGCUUGACGUCAAGCGGGCUGCGAAGCGCCGCUGGCUCGAAGAACAGGACGAGAUGAAGUUCUCCCAUAGCAUCCAGUUUAAUGCAGUCCCGGACUGGAGCAACCACUACAUUGCCUACAGCAAUCUCAAGAAGCUCAUAUACCAACUCGAGAAGGCCGUCCACCAGCCCUCAGGGGAUGCCGAGUCCCGGCCUCUAAUACAAAACGACGACCCUGAACUGGUCUUUAUCCAUGCCCUAGACGUCGAACUCGAAAAGAUUACAUCCUUCUACGUUCUAAAGGAGAACGAGCUGUUCGAUGAAGUCGACCUCGUUCUAAAAGAUGCCGAGGAGUUCGGAGACGAAGCGGGGGUUGAGGAACCCCGGCCACCGACCCGGGCGAGCGAGAGGGGGGCAGUGGAAAGGAGCCGGUCGGCGUUGGCACGUAGGAGCAGCACGCGCAGCCAAGUGUCAACUGAGGACGGCCUCGACGAUAGCGAUGAUGAAGAGGGGGACGAAGAGACGGGCCUGACAACGGCGAGGAGGGUACGGAGCGCGGGGAGCGCCACGGGCCGGAGGAACCUGCGCAACUCGAUGAUGGCUUCCACCGACCUGACCGCGUCGACCGAAUUUGGACGGUCCUCACGACGACUCAGCAUAAGCUACGACGAUUACGCCGAGCAGGCCGCCCUGUUCUCUUCGGGCAUCAUGCUGAAGAAACGGAUGAUCAACCUCUACGUCCAGCUCUGCGAACUCAAAUCCUACAUCCAGCUCAACCGGACGGGAUUCAGCAAGGUCCUAAAGAAGUUUGACAAGAUUAUCGACCGCCGGCUGCGCGCCAAGUACAUGGACAAUUUCGUCACGAGCGCCUACCCUUUCCGUUCCGACACCACCCAGGGCUUGGAAGAGCGGAUCUCUCAAAUGGUCGGAGCCUACAGCUCCAUCAUCACCAAUGGCGAUGAGGAAUCCGCGAUCCGCGAUCUCAGGUCGCAUCUGAGAGAGCACGUCGUGUGGGAGCGGAAUACCGUCUGGCGAGACCUGAUCGGACUGGAGCGUCGUGCUGAGGCUGCAAGCCUGGGACACACGCUUCUAGGGAUAGACGCCGAUCCACAGCGCACACGGCUACAAGGAGAUGACGAGAUCAUCCUUCCCACGAAAGCAAUCGCGACACCGCUCGGCCGCGUCCUGUACCCGGCUUGGCUGUUCACCUCGACCACUCUGACCCUGAUCGUCAUCGUCGCCAUUUUCUUCUCGCUCCUCUACGUCCCCAUCAUGGAGAAGCCCGAGCAGCAGAACUGCCUGGCCAUGCUAGUACUCGUCAGUCUACUUUGGGCCACUGAGUCGCUCCCCCUGUUUGUGACCUCUCUCAUCAUCCCCUUCCUGUGCGUGAUCCUUCGUGUCUUCCGGGAUGCCGAUAAACCGCACAAGAGGCUAGACUCCAAGGCGACCACUGCUGCUGUCUUCGCCGCCAUGUGGACGCCCGUCAUCAUGCUUCUGCUCGGUGGUUUCACGCUCGCGGCCGCGCUCUCCAAGUGCGGCAUCGACAAGCGCAUCGCGACUUUCGUCCUCAGCAAGGCUGGCACGCGGCCCAAGACGGUACUCAUCGCCAACAUGGGCGUGGCCGCCGUGGCCAGCAUGCUCAUCAGCAACGUCGCGGCCCCCGUGCUCUGCUUCGGCAUCAUCGAGCCCAUGCUGCGCAACCUGCCCGCUGGCUCGGCCAUGUCUAAGGCCGUCAUCAUCGGCAUCGCGCUCGCCUCCAACAUCGGCGGCAUGCUCUCGCCCAUCGCCUCGCCGCAAAACGUCGUCGCCAUCGGCAUCAUGCAGCCAGCCCCGACCUGGGGCCAAUGGUUCUUCAUCGCCAUCCCCGUCGGCCUCAUCUCCCUCCUCCUCAUUUGGCUUCUCCUCCUCGUCGCCUUCCACCCAGGCCGCGGCACCACCAUCGUGCCCGUCCGCCCCGUGCGCGACCCUUUCACCGGGCUGCAGUGGUUCGUCUCGGCCGUCACCGUAGCCACCAUCGCGCUGUGGUGCGCAUCGCACUCGCUCGAGGCCGUCUUCGGCGACAUGGGCGUCAUCGCCAUCAUCCCCAUCGUCCUCUUCUUCGGCGUCGGCGUGCUCACCAAGGAGGACUUCAACAACUUCCCCUGGACCAUCAUCAUCCUGGCCGCCGGCGGGCUGUCGCUCGGCAAAGCUGUCAACUCCUCCGGCCUGCUCCACACCGCCGCCCGCGCUAUUACCGCGAGGGUGGAGGACUUCAGCCUCUAUGGCAUCCUCGUCGUCUUCUCGGCGCUGAUCCUAGUGAUUGCCACUUUCAUCAGCCAUACCGUCGCUGCGCUGAUUAUUCUCCCGUUGGUAUAUGAUGUCGGCAAGGGUCUGGAGGAACCGCAUCCAAACCUGCUCGUCAUGGCCGGCGUGCUGAUGUGCAGUGCUGCUAUGGCCUUGCCCACGAGUGGGUUCCCUAACAUGACCGCCAUCAUGAAAGAAGACCCCGCCGGUCAGCGCUAUCUGCAAGUCAAGCACUUUAUCCGUGUCGGUGUGCCUAGUAGUCUGAUUGCGUUGGUGGUGACGGUUACUGUGGGAUAUCUCGCCAUGCGCGUGACGGGAAUGUGA